UUUGCCUUGUGGAAAACAUCGUGGAUUCCCUUGCGCUCGCUCCCUCUUCAAAGAAAUUAUCCCAAAUGGCCACUUUGGCAGCAGUUGCAGCUCGUAGAGUAGCCACUCUAGCUCGGACACGGGCUCCAUCUCAAGCCGCUUCUCUCAUUCCUCGCCGUGGUCUUGCCGGCGCUGCGGAUCACCAUGGACCUCCGAAGGUUUAUUUUUGGCAAGAUCCAAUGAAUCCAGCUAAAUGGAAAGAAGAACAUUUCGUUAUAGUCUCUUUAACUGGAUGGGGUCUGCUUUUCUUUAGUGGAUACAAGUUCUUCACUAAAGGCAAGAAGGAAGAGAAUGCUGUGGAAACAACACACUAAAGAGGUUGGAGCUUUUAUUUUGCUAUAUUCUUUUACAAUAUUUCAAGUAAUAAUUUGAGUCCUUAACAUUCAUGUCCUUGUAUGUUUUUGCUUCAUUUUAUUGGCAAAUCAUUUGGUUUUCUUGUU